GCAAAGCACUGCUAUGUAGUAGUUAUGCAGCGUGAUUAAAAAAAGCCUCAACGUUUGCCAUGUAUUAUUCGAUAAUAAAUGACAUUACAAAGUAAUGCAAGUUAUAAACACUCUGCGGGUGAACAAGGAUUGGAAAUUGAAGGAUGCGUAAAUUGAAUUGGGCGCAUGCAACAUUAUUUUUAAUAUUAUCCCAGCAGUGUUUUAUGACAUCGGUUGCUAAUGACUAAAAGUAAAAUCUUACAAAUCACCAGCCAUUUUAUGAUUUUAAAACUGUGCUUUAAAUACGAGUCUGCAUUUUUCAUGUGUAGUGCUAGUUUCUUUAAUGUAUAGGAAAGGAUGAGUUAAGGAAGUAUGGAAAGAGACGGACAGGUGCUGGGUGACCUUCCCCUUCAUUCAGACGGCUGCAGUUUGUGUGAAUUAGAUCCGGGCAAGGUUCUAGACCACGUUCCAAAUCUGAAUUUCGUACCGGACUUCAUUCUUUCUUCCGUUUUUAACAUUUCGUGGGAUUUAUUUGAACGUUGUGGAGACUGUUUUUCAGCAAUUUUUGUAUUUUCUUGGAACUUAUUAUGUGGCUCCGUGUUGCCCAUUUUUUCCAAACUUUUGCUGGUCUGCAAUUAAAGACUUGUGUGAAGAAUAAAGUGCCUUUAAUCAAGUGUCAAUUUAUGCCACCCCACAGGACACUAGUUUUAACAUCAUGCAUAAAGAAUGAGGAGAAAAAAGUCAGCCCUGAUAAAUUAGACUUGGAUAUUUGGAAGACUGUUAUGAAAGAAACUGCAUUAGAAACUCCCAACCUGUGCCCCUCUGAAGAUCCUGUGGACUCAUUCUCUGCUGCUACAAGAGAAUUGGUUCAAAUGUGGCGACUGGCUGGGAAAGCUGUGCCAGAGAACCUAACUGAGGAGCAGCUGACCAUUGUUCAAGAACUACCUUCCAAAUCUGCAAAGAAAAAAUAUCUCAAGUAUCUAGCAAUCAAAGAAGGCAAAAAGAAAGCAACAAAGGAGAAACAAAAAAUAAAACAAGAACAAGCAAAGUAUCAAAAGGAAAAAGAAAAUGAAGGAGGAAUUGAAUUAAGGAACACAUUUCUUUUGCAAUUCUGGCAGCGGUCUUUUGAUGUAAUGUACAAUUGGAGGGCUGCUCAGUCUAUGAUGUUUGGUCAGCCACUGAUAUUUGAUAUGAGUUAUGAAAGCUACAUGGCACGGCGAGAAAUGGAGAACACUAUCUCUCAGCUACUAGAGUGUGAGGGGUUCAACAGAAGAUCUUUAGACCCAUUCCACUUAUAUUUUUGUAACAUGAUCCCAGAGGGAUCAUAUCAUAAGGAGUUUUUGAAACGUUAUGGGGAUGCCUGGGAUAGACUCUUGAUAACGGUAACAGAAAAGUCAUAUGUUGACGUUUUUCCCAAAGACAAGCUUGUGUAUUUAACUGCGGAUUCACCUUCUGUAUUGAAGAGUUUUCAGCAUGAUAAAAUCUACAUCAUUGGGUCGGUUGUUGAUAAGUCAAUUCAGACAGGAUUGUCCCUUGCAAACGCAAAGCGUUUAAAGUUGGCAACAGCACGCCUUCCUUUGGAUGAGUAUUUGAAGUGGGAUGUUGGUGCAAAAAACCUUACAUUAAAUCAAAUGAUCAGCAUUUUGCUUACUGUGAAAGACACUGGUAACUGGCAAGAAGCUCUCAAAUUUGUUCCAAAAAGAAAGCAUGAAGGAUUUUUACCAAUUCCAGAACAGAAGUACUGCAAUCAAUCUAAAAGUUACCAGAACAAGACAAGAAUCGACAAGGGACCAAUAAAGAAAACCAGGAGGCAAAAGUCAACUUUAAGUCAAGGUGUAGAAAGAUCAUCAGACAGGAAAAGAUGGUGGCUGGAGGAAGAUUAAAGAUCCUUAAAACAUUUUAAGUGCUGACUUGCCUGAAAGAAAUAGCUUUGUUAGUACACCGAAUUUCAUACUGCAUUGAUGUAUCAAAAGAUGCAAAUCUGACUGUUGUGUAUAUCGCUGCUUAUCAGUGUCUUGAUUUUAGACCAUAAUUAUGAGAAAAACUGCAAAGCAAUAAAAAUUGUGUAUUUAGCUUCAAGGUCAAAUAGAGAAUUAUUCACUGUUUAACUGAAGCAUACAUACUAGGGUCAUUCCAAAUUGGAUCCCUAGUUAGUGUGAGUGGGCUGAGUUCAGCCAGGUCUCUUUGUGAUAUUCCAAAUUGGAUUGCUUCUUCAGGACUUUGACCGUGUAAAAAAUUAUCCAGGACUCACCAAUUUGUUAUCUAUUGAUUCUUACUGGCAGCAAGAACAGGAUUAGGCAAAUUGAUUUUCCACCUACCCACUUGCCCUGCAAACAUUCUGGCAAGAAUUCUAUUUGAAUAACAACAACUUGAACAACCAGUGGCAGAGUCAUCAUUCCAUUCCAUUCCAUUCAAUUUCAUAUCCAGAGUGAUAAAUUACUGGACAAUCUUAGUAGGGAAUAAAAUGACACUUUUAACAAAUUGCAUCUGUAUUAAGUUAAUCAUUAUUUCUCAGAAUAGUUAA